AUGAUGACGAUGUUUUUUAUGCCUCCGCUCAAUGUGCGAACCAGCGAUGGUUUGAAGGUGACUUUGGAAUUGGAGUUUGUCUACAGACUACAGAUGGCCAAGCUGCGCGACCUGUACAUGCUUGUGGGUGACAGUGGCUAUAGGACCUUUGAUUCAAUGAAGAGGCUCCCGGUUUUUGCAUCUCAGAACUUGAUUGCGAGGAACACCCUGGUGCAUGUGGCCUCAGCUGCGAUCUCCGCCCAUGCCACCAACUUUUCAGCACAGGCAUUCUAUGGCGACCGUGGAGAUGUGCAAGGAGCCUUUCAGGCCCCUUUGGAGCGGCGGCACGCGAUGCCAACCGCAUUGGCGCGUGACGCCAUGCCAUGCCAUGCGAUGCUUGCGUUAGUGGUGAGCUUCCAGCUGCAGCCCGCGCACUUCCCGAAGCUCUACGCGGCCGCCAUUGUGGAGACGCAGGAGAUGAAGCAGGACAUCCAAGUGGCCGAGCAGGAGAACAAGACCAAGGUGAUUCAAAAGCAGACACAGCUCUAUAGUGCCAGGCAGCUGGCGCACCAAAUUAUCAUCAAAGCCGAGGGUGAAGCGCAGCAGACUUUGGUCCAGAACCAGGCAGACGUUGCGCAAUUCAAAUACCGGCAGCAGGUCCUAGCUGAAGGCUAUUCCAAAGCUUUGAAUUUCUUCAGCAGCCAGGGCCAGGAGAAUCAACCUUCAGCCUUCAGCCGUGGCUCUUUGUCAGAUCCACAUGCCCACAAGCUUUACGUCCCAUUUUUCCAGGAUGCCGUUCCCAACUUCUUGAGCUACUUGAAAGUGGAGGCUUUGAAAGCCCAUGGUGGUAGCCAGAAGACCGUGAAACUGACACCAGUGGUGUGA